AGUUUCUACCUAGUCGUCGUAGUCACAAUGCCAGCACCAAAACCUCCACCAGUGCCGCUAACAUCUGACCAGUCACCCACCCGGCAACAACCAUCCCCUAAAAAUAGUCCGUCUAAGUCGAAGUCAAAAUCAAAGUCGGCAAGCCUUUCAAAGUGGUUCCGUUCGGUUUUCAAGUCAUUCCCAAUCAUAAACCCAACUUGUAGGAUGCCGAUCUCGCUCCACGGAAACCGAUUCAAUGACAACCACAUCCAUGGAGGAAAACGCAUGACUGGAACGCUUUUCGGGACCCGUAAGUCUAGGGUUAACCUUGUCAUCCAAGAGAACCCCAAGUGCCUCCCCACGCUUGUACUUGAGCUCUCCAUUCCUACGGAGAAGCUUUUGCAAGACAUGGGGUCGGGACUCGUUAGAAUAGCGCUUGAGUGCGAGAAGAAUUCGUCGGACAAGAAGACAAAGCUCAUGGACGAGCCGAUAUGGACCAUGUAUUGCAAUGGUCGGAAAACGGGAUAUGGUGUGAAGAGAGAGCCGACGGAUGAUGAUUUGAAUGUCGUGCAGACAUUGCAUGCAGUGUCAAUGGGCGCGGGCGUGUUGCCCAGUGAGACAGUGAUGGGCUCACCCUCACCGGAUGGCGAGUUGACCUACAUGCGUGCCUACGUUGAUCGUGUAGUUGGAUCGAAGGACUCUGAGACAUAUUACAUGAUGAAUCCAGAUGGAAACUCUGGUCCUGAACUCAGUAUCUUCUUUGUUAGGAUCUGAUAUUGUCAAUGUAAAACACAAUGGAAAUUAAACAAGAAUGGUUGCUUAUCAUUAUUACUUAUCCUAUCUAAGCAUAAUUUUCAGCUAAUUCUUUAGUACACAAUCCUCAAA